CCCCAAAUCCCACCACUAUUGAGAUCAGUAUCAUUGCCAUCAAUGAACAAACAACAAACUAAUACCCCUUCAGAGGCAAACUCACCAAUUCAAUCACAUUCAAGAAAAUCUUCAGUCUUAUCAAACUGUACACACUCCUCUUCAAAUCAUAGAGAUCGUUCAGAUAGUUGUGUUUCAUGUGAAGAUAGUAUCAUUACAAUAAAUAACAAUAGUAGCGGUGGUCAAAGUGGAAAUGAUGAGGAUUCUUGUAGAAGACAUCAUCAUAGAAGGGAAAGUAUUGCCAUUAAAUUCAAGAAUCCACAGAUUAUAGAUGACGAGGAAAAGGGAGGUAUACCUGAAACAGAUGUUUUCGAAAGCUUGAAGGGUUACGAAAUGAAGUAUUGAGGUUCACAGGGUGGAUGCUUUUGCAUUGGAAAGGUACUAAGCUGGUAUUGCUAUGGUUUUAAUUUAAUGAUUUAAUGUUUUCGUCAUUUUUGGUUUAAAGAGUUUAAUAAUUUGCAUUUUUCAAGUUCCUAGCUGUCGUUUAAUUGCUAGGUUGUCAUGUUGUCAUAUAGGUUUUCAAUAUUAACAUUAAGUUCAUAAUAGUCC